UUCAAGCAGUGCUGGACAGCCUCAAGCUUCAUAUAUCUUCUCUUAUAAGUGUUAUCAGAAACUGCAGCCAUGUCGUCAGAUGCUGAGAUGGCAGUCUAUGGGCCAGCUGCCCCUUUUCUCAGAAAGCCAGAAAAGGAAAGGAUUGAAGCCCAAAAUAAGCCUUUUGAUGCCAAGAACUCAGUCUUUGUGGUGCAUGCUAAGGAAUCCUAUGUCAAAGGCACUCUUCAAAGCAAGGAAGGAGGGAAGGCCACAGUCAAGACUGAAAAAGGAGAAAGUCUGACUGUAAAGGAAGACCAAACCUUUCCUAUGAACCCUCCUAAAUUUGAUAAAAUUGAGGACAUGGCCAUGCUGACCCAUCUCCAUGAACCUGCUGUCCUGUAUAACCUCAAAGAGCGUUAUGCAGCCUGGAUGAUUUAUACUUACUCAGGUCUCUUCUGUGUUACUGUCAAUCCUUACAAGUGGCUGCCAGUGUACAACCCAGAAGUUGUAGGUGGUUAUAGAGGCAAGAAGCGUCAAGAGGCUCCUCCUCACAUCUUUUCAAUUUCUGAUAAUGCAUAUCAGUUCAUGUUAACUGAUCGUGAGAAUCAGUCUAUUCUGAUUACUGGAGAAUCUGGUGCUGGAAAGACUGUGAACACGAAACGUGUCAUUCAGUACUUUGCAACAAUUGCAGCUACUGGUGAGAAGAAAAAGGAAGAGCCGACGGCGCAAGGCAAAAUGAAGGGCACCCUUGAAGAUCAAAUCAUCAGUGCCAACCCCUUGCUGGAGGCCUUUGGAAAUGCCAAGACUGUGAGGAAUGACAACUCUUCACGUUUUGGUAAAUUCAUCAGAAUCCAUUUUGGUGCCACAGGCAAACUGGCUUCUGCAGACAUAGAGACAUAUCUGCUAGAAAAGUCCAGAGUCACUUUCCAGCUAAAAGCUGAAAGAAGCUACCACAUCUUUUAUCAGAUCAUGUCCAACAAGAGGCCAGAACUGAUUGAGAUGCUCCUGAUCACCACCAACCCCUAUGACUUUCACUUUGUGAGUCAGGGUGAGAUCACCGUUCCUAGCAUCAAUGAUCAAGAAGAGCUGAUGGCAACCGAUGAAGCCAUUGACAUCCUGGGUUUCACUGCUGAGGAGAAGACAGCCAUUUACAAGUUGACUGGGGCUGUGAUGCACUAUGGAAACAUGAAGUUCAAGCAGAAGCAGCGUGAGGAGCAGGCUGAGCCAGACGGCACAGAAGUUGCUGACAAGGCUGCCUACCUCAUGAACCUCAAUUCAGCAGAUCUCCUGAAAGCUCUGUGCUAUCCCCGUGUCAAGGUCGGCAAUGAGUAUGUCACCAAAGGCCAAACUGUCCAGCAGGUGUACAAUAAUGUUGGUGCUUUGGCUAAAGCUGUCUUUGAGAAGAUGUUCUUGUGGAUGGUUGUUCGUAUCAACCAGCAACUGGAUACUAAACAGCCAAGGCAGUACUUCAUUGGUGUACUGGACAUUGCUGGCUUCGAGAUCUUUGAUUAUAACAGCCUGGAGCAGCUUUGCAUCAACUUUACAAAUGAGAAACUGCAACAGUUCUUCAACCACCACAUGUUUGUGCUGGAACAAGAGGAGUACAAGAAAGAAGGAAUUGAAUGGGAGUUCAUUGACUUUGGAAUGGACUUGGCUGCCUGCAUUGAACUCAUUGAGAAGCCCAUGGGCAUUUUCUCCAUCCUGGAAGAAGAGUGCAUGUUCCCCAAGGCAACAGACACUUCUUUCAAGAACAAGCUCUAUGACCAGCAUCUUGGCAAAUCUGCCAAUUUCCAGAAACCCAAGCCUGCCAAAGGCAAGGCUGAGGCUCACUUCGCUCUGGUGCAUUAUGCCGGCACUGUGGACUACAACAUCAGUGGCUGGCUGGACAAGAACAAGGAUCCCCUGAAUGAAACUGUUGUGGGGCUCUACCAAAAGUCUUCCAUGAAGACCUUGGCCUUACUGUUUGCUGAUCGUCCUGCAGAAGAGGGUGCCAAGAAGGGUGGCAAGAAGAAGGGUUCUUCCUUCCAGACGGUCUCUGCACUUUUCAGGGAGAAUUUGAACAAGCUGAUGACUAAUCUUAGGAGUACCCAUCCACAUUUUGUGCGCUGCCUCAUCCCCAAUGAAACUAAAACCCCUGGUGCCAUGGAACAUGAGCUUGUGCUGCAUCAGCUGAGGUGUAAUGGUGUGCUGGAAGGUAUCCGAAUUUGCAGGAAGGGAUUCCCCAGCAGGAUCCUUUAUGCUGACUUCAAACAGAGAUACAGAGUUUUAAAUGCAAGUGCCAUCCCAGAGGGACAGUUCAUGGAUAGCAAGAAGGCUUCUGAGAAGCUUCUUGGCUCCAUUGAUGUCGAUCAUACUCAAUAUAAAUUUGGUCACACCAAGGUGUUCUUCAAAGCUGGCCUUCUGGGUACUCUAGAGGAGAUGAGAGAUGACAAGUUGGCACAGCUGAUAACGCGUACUCAGGCUCUCUGUCGUGGCUACUUGGCAAGAACAGAGUUCCAGAAAAUGAUGGAACGGAGAGAGUCCAUCUUUACUAUUCAGUACAAUGUCCGCUCAUUCAUGAAUGUGAAGCACUGGCCCUGGAUGAAGCUGUAUUUCAAGAUAAAGCCUCUGCUGAAGAGUGCUGAAUCAGAGAAAGAAAUGGCCAGCAUGAAGGAAGAGUUUGAAAAAACAAAAGAAAAUCUUGCCAAGACAGAGGCCAAAUUAAAGGAAAUUGAAGAAAAAAUGGUGUCUCUGAUGCAAGAGAAGAAUGACUUGCAGCUCCAAGUCCAGUCUGAAGCUGAUGCCACAGCAGAUGCUGAGGAGAGAUGCGACCAGCUGAUCAAAACCAAAAUUCAGCUGGAAGCUAAAAUUAAGGAGCUGACUGAACGGGCAGAAGAUGAAGAGGAAAUGAAUGCUGAGCUGACAGCCAAAAAGAGGAAACUGGAGGAUGAGUGCUCAGAACUGAAGAAAGACAUUGAUGACCUUGAGUUGACCCUGGCCAAGGUUGAAAAGGAGAAGCAUGCCACAGAAAACAAGGUCAAAAACCUCACAGAAGAGAUGGCCGUCUUGGAUGAGAACAUUGCCAAACUGACCAAGGAAAAGAAAGCCCUUCAAGAGGCCCAUCAGCAGACCUUGGACGACUUGCAGGCAGAAGAAGACAAAGUGAAUACUCUGACCAAAGCAAAGACCAAGCUGGAGCAGCAAGUGGAUGAUCUUGAAGGGUCUUUGGAACAAGAGAAGAAGCUUCGUAUGGACCUUGAAAGAGCCAAGAGGAAGCUUGAAGGCGAUCUGAAGUUAGCCCAGGAAUCCACAAUGGACUUGGAAAAUGAUAAGCAGCAGCUGGAUGAGAAGCUUAAGAAGAAAGAUUUUGAGAUCAGCCAGCUCCAAAGCAAAAUUGAAGAUGAGCAGGCCUUGGGUGCCCAGCUUCAGAAGAAGAUCAAAGAGUUGCAGGCUCGUAUAGAGGAACUGGAGGAAGAGAUUGAGGCAGAGCGUGCAUCUCGGGCCAAAGCAGAGAAGCAGCGGGCUGACCUCUCCAGGGAACUGGAGGAAAUCAGUGAGCGUCUGGAGGAAGCUGGUGGGGCAACAGCAGCUCAGAUCGAGAUGAACAAGAAGCGUGAGGCUGAAUUCCAGAAAAUGCGCCGCGACCUUGAAGAGUCAACUCUGCAGCAUGAAGCCACUGCCUCUGCCCUCCGCAAGAAGCACGCAGACACUGUAGCAGAACUUGGGGAACAAAUAGAUAACCUUCAGCGAGUGAAACAGAAGCUGGAGAAAGAGAAGAGUGAGCUGAAGAUGGAGAUUGAUGACCUUGCUAGCAACAUGGAGUCUGUCUCCAAAGCUAAGGCAAAUCUUGAGAAGAUGUGCCGUACAUUAGAAGAUCAGCUCAGUGAGGUUAAAGCAAAGGAGGAAGAACAUCACCGUACUAUCAAUGACCUGACUGCCCAAAGAGCUCGAUUACAGACAGAAACAGAUAUAGUAAAGGUAAUGGGAAUUGACAGAUUAAUCACAUACAUGUGUACUGACAUGUGUUUUACAACAAACAAUGCUACCGGAAUGAAAUUUCUUCCUUUCCCCUUAUUUCAGGCAAAGAAUGCGCUGGCCCAUGGCUUGCAGUCUGCUCGCCAUGAUUGUGACCUGCUCCGAGAGCAAUAUGAAGAGGAGCAGGAAGCUAAGGCUGAGCUGCAACGUGCCAUGUCCAAGGCCAACAGUGAAGUUGCCCAGUGGAGGACCAAAUAUGAAACUGAUGCCAUUCAACGGACAGAAGAGUUAGAGGAAGCCAAGAAAAAGCUUGCCCAGCGUCUGCAGGAAGCUGAGGAACAUGUUGAAGCUGUGAAUUCCAAAUGUGCUUCUCUUGAGAAGACAAAACAGAGGUUGCAGAAUGAAGUGGAGGACCUGAUGAUUGACGUGGAAAGGUCCAAUGCAGCCUGCGCAGCUCUAGACAAGAAGCAGAAGAACUUUGAUAAGAUUCUGGCAGACUGGAAGCAGAAAUUUGAGGAAGCUCAAUCUGAACUGGAAGCUUCCCAGAAGGAGACUCGUUCUCUCAGCACAGAACUCUUUAAGAUGAAAAAUGCUUAUGAGGAGUCCCUGGAUCACCUGGAAACUCUGAAACGAGAGAACAAGAAUCUGCAGCAGGAGAUAGCUGACCUAACAGAACAGAUUGCUGAGGGAGGAAAGGCCAUCCAUGAACUGGAGAAAGUGAAGAAGCAAAUCGAGCAAGAGAAAUCUGAGUUGCAGGCUUCCCUAGAAGAAGCUGAGGCCUCACUAGAACAUGAGGAAGGGAAGAUCCUCCGCAUCCAGCUAGAGCUCACCCAGGUGAAGGCUGAGAUUGACAGAAGAAUUGCAGAGAAGGAUGAAGAGAUUGAUCAGCUGAAGAGGAAUCACUUGAGGGUGGUAGAAACCAUGCAGAGCACACUGGAUGCUGAGAUCAGGAGCAGAAAUGAGGCUAUGCGGCUCAAGAAGAAGAUGGAGGGGGAUCUGAAUGAAAUGGAAAUCCAGCUGAGCCAUGCCAACCGCCAAGCUGCUGAGGCCACCAAGAACCUCAGGAACACACAAGGGCUGCUCAAGGAUACUCAGCUGCAUUUGGAUGAUGCUCUGAGGAGUCAAGAAGACCUGAAGGAACAGGUGGCCAUGGUGGAGCGCAGAGCUAACCUGAUGCAAGCUGAGAUAGAGGAACUCCGGGCAGCUCUGGAACAGACAGAGAGGGGCAGGAAAGUGGCUGAACAGGAGUUACUGGACGCCAGCGAGCGUGUGCAACUCCUCCACACACAGAAUACCAGCUUGAUCAACACCAAGAAGAAAUUGGAAACAGAUAUAGCCCAAAUCCAAAGUGAAAUGGACGAGAUAAUUCAGGAAGCACGCAAUGCAGAAGAAAAGGCCAAGAAGGCCAUCACUGAUGCAGCCAUGAUGGCAGAGGAAUUAAAGAAGGAGCAAGACACCAGUGCUCACCUAGAGAGGAUGAAGAAGAACCUGGACCAGACUGUGAAGGACCUGCAGCACCGCCUGGAUGAGGCAGAACAGCUGGCAAUGAAGGGUGGCAAGAAACAACUCCAGAAACUGGAGCAGAGAGUGCGUGAGCUGGAAGCUGAAGUUGAAAAUGAGCAGAAGCGCAGUGCUGAUGCUAUCAAGGGUGUUCGUAAAUAUGAGAGGAGAGUAAAGGAACUGACCUACCAGUCUGAAGAAGAUCGGAAGAAUGUUCUCAGACUCCAGGACUUGGUUGACAAACUGCAAGUGAAAGUGAAGGCAUACAAGAGGCAAUCUGAAGAAGCUGAGGAACUAUCCAAUACAAAUCUUUCCAAGUUCCGCAAGAUUCAGCAUGAGCUGGAAGAGGCCGAAGAGCGGGCCGACAUUGCUGAGUCCCAGGUGAACAAGCUCCGGGUGAAGACUCGAGAAGUCCGUAAGACUAUUAUAAGUGAAGAAUAAAUCCCGCUGGAAGCUGUGGAGUGACUGAAGAGAAGCACAGAAUGUGAAACUCUUUGCCACUUGUUGUAAUUACUUCCCUUUUCCCUCAGUGUUUAGAAAAUAAAGAUUUUAGAAGAUGUUUGCAUAAC